AUUGCUUUAAUGUGUUCAUAAUCCCCUUCAACUUCUCCCUUCCUAUAGAACUCUCUCUCUCUCUGAGCUGUCUCUCCAUAUAUCCCUCUCUAUAUUCCCACGCUUAUCACAUUACCAUUCUUCUCAGCACAUCCUUCUUUAGUCAAAACCAGUGAAACUUCAUUCUUUUUCCUCUGCUAUAAUCUUCUCCUCACUCAAACUCUCUCUCCCUCUCUGAUCAAACUUUCAGCUUCAAUAAAACUGCAGCUCUAUCUGAUCUUCUGAAGGAGAGGAGCAAGAAAGGCAGCCAUGGAUAGUGACACCAUGAGUACCAUUAAUACUAGUCUCUGGAUUUCAAACACCGACCCUUCUGUCCACGAGGAUUGUGGAGAGGAGAUGAUGAAGGGGGGGAAUUGCAAUGAGGAGUGUGAAGGUUGCUUUUACCAAGGGGAGAAGAAAAGGAGACUUGCACCUGAACAGGUGAGAUUUCUGGAGAGGAGUUUUGAGGUGGAGAACAAGCUUGAGCCAGAGAGGAAAGUCCAAUUGGCUAACCAACUUGGGCUGCAGCCAAGGCAAGUUGCGAUUUGGUUCCAGAACCGGAGAGCACGGUGCAAGACCAAACAGAUUGAGAAGGACUAUGAUUCCCUCAAAGCUACCUAUGAUAAGCUCAAAGCUGAUCAUGAUUCCCUCUCCAAACAGAAUCAAACUUUGAGAAAUGAGGUUCUGUUGCUGACAGAUAAGUUGCUUAUUCAAGAACAGCAGCAGGGGAACCCAAAAUCAGAAACAAAUGAUGCAACUGGACCUCUGAAACAGCCCUCCUGUGGUGGUGUGGUUUCCCCAGCCAAAAAGGGAGAGAAUUUUCCGAUGGUGGUGAGCAAGCAAGAAAAUGGUAGCUCAGAUUCUUCACAUGUAUUAGACUCUGACUUUUCUCAAGAUAAUGAAGAUGAUGAUAGCCUGAAAAGGAGUCUUUUCCAACCAUUCCUAAAGCUUGAAAACCAUGGAUUCCAAACACAACCAAGCUCAUGCAAUUUGGGGUUUUCCCUUGAGGAUCACACAACCUCUUCUUGGUUAUGGCCUUAGCUAGCUUAGCUUGUUGCCACCUUUUACCACUAUGUAUUUGUUUGGCUACUUUCUCAAAAAUAACUUUUCUCCUCUUAAGUUAUUUGCUUUGUAAAUUCUUCUUUUAGUGUUUGGCUUUUUGAAUUAUAUAAAUACUAAUGAGAUAUGAGUGAACAAUCACUUAGUUACUCUA